AUGGCUGCGCAACAUAUAAACAUUCUAUUGUCGUCCUUUUCAGGACUGGCGUUGCCACCGACCCUCUCAUUCUCUCUCCCGAUCACAUCAACCAUCACAGACCUCACAGAAAGAAUCGAGCACUAUCUUCCAGAGUCGCUUAAGCGUAGCGCCGCAAACCUCACACUCACAACAUUCGGAAACAGACAGUUGCUACCAGAAUCUACACUCCCCAUAUCAUCUCUUCUCUCAACUCACCAAUAUGCAUCGCCCGAGAAUAAUCUUCUACCCCUUCGCCUCUCCGUGCCUCUGCGAGGAGGGAAAGGUGGUUUCGGCUCCCAGCUUCGUGCUGCAGGUGGCCGCAUGUCAAGCAAACGCAAGCGCAACCAAGGCGAAAAUAAUGGCUCAAACCGGAACCUUGACGGACGACGUCUACGCACAGUCAAUGAAGCCAAAGCACUGGCCGAAUAUCUUGCCGUGAAACCAGAGAUGGAUAAGAAAGAGAAAGAAGAACGCCGACGGCGAUGGGAGGCUAUAGUCGAAAUGGCUGAAAAACGUACCGAAGAGAUCAAGAAUGGUGGUGGGAAGAGCCGUUUGGAUGGUCAGUGGAUGGAAGAUAGGGAAGAGAUGAGCGAGAAAGCACGCGAAGCUGUUCUUGCUGCGAUGAAGGACGGUGGGUGGAAUGAUAAUCUGCGCGAUGCAAUUAUGGGUGGCUCAAGUACGAGUGCGAGCGAGGGUAAUUCCAGUCAAGAGGAGGAUGAGAGCGAGAGCGCUGAUGAAGAGGAGGAUGAAGAGGAGGAUGAAGGCAAACCAGAGGCUUCAGCUCCAGUACCGUCAUCUUCUAAACCCGCUACAUCGCGGAGGUUUAUUGGAUUCGACGAGGAUGAUGAGUUUAUGAGCAGUGAUGAAGACGAAGACCCUGAGGAUAGCAAGGGCAAGGGCAAGGCACCUGCUUAA